GCUUUGUCCAUAUAAAUAUGUGAGGAGAGUACAACAUCACCUUCAUAUGCUAUAACUCCAGACCUCAUCUCUUAUAUAUAUAUUACUCACUUCCACUCUCCUUUUAGUUUCCAGUUUAACAUAAUCAGGUAAUCAUAAAAAAAACAUACUAUAUAUAGGUUACCUUUGUAAAAUAAAGUAAAUGAUUUUAGUUUUGUGUAACUAUAUACUCUAAAUUUUUUCCAAUGGGGCCGUACGUACGUAGAAGAAGAUGAAUAGGCCGGGAGAUUGGAACUGCAGAUCGUGUAGCCACCUCAACUUCCAGAGAAGGGAUUCAUGCCAACGUUGCAGAGAGCCUAGAGUACUGGGCGGCAUAAGUACGGACUUAAUCAGCGGUUUUGGUAACUCCUUCGGUUUCAAUACAGGGCCAGACGUGAGACCGGGUGAUUGGUAUUGCAACCUUAGGAAUUGUGGGACGCACAAUUUUGCCAACAGGUCUAGUUGCUUCAAGUGCGGUGCCGCUAAAGAUGAGUUCCCAAGCUCAAGUGCCGCUGCAACAACGGGGUUUAUAGACAUGAAUGUUAGUCCAAGACGUGGUGGCCUUUUUGGUUUUGGCAGCAGCAGUGGUGGUGGCAGCACAGGCCGUUCUCCUUGGAAAUCUGGAGAUUGGAUUUGCCCAAGGUCAGGCUGCAACGAACAUAACUUCGCAAGCAGGUCAGAGUGCUUCAGGUGUAACGCACCAAAGGAACCUGCCACCGAACCACCCUAUUAGUCCCAUCAUCUUCAAAAAGCAGCAAAAGAAGAGAGUACUGAUGAAGAAUUGGAGCAAGAUACCGACCCGGCAACCCUUUAUGUCGUGAUGAUUUGUUUUUUGCUUUCCUUUGUCUCCUCUCAUAUCUCGUAGCACCCUCUUCUGGUUAUUUUAGAAUGUAGGCAAUUCGAAAUUUUCCGGAAGCGUUUUGUUCUAAUGUGAUCGGUUUCCUAGCUAGCUAGUACGCGUACGUUUGUUUUAAUCUAUUCUUACUUUUGUUAAACUUGUUGCAUUCUGAUUCUACAACCACGAUUCUCUCGUA